AUUGAGAAGUUGAGGGAAGUCGUUGAACUCCCUCUUCUCCACCCGGAAAAGUUUGUCAGUCUCGGCAUCGAGCCCCCAAAGGGUGUACUGCUCUACGGUCCUCCCGGCACUGGUAAGACCCUAUGUGCGCGGGCUGUGGCCAAUCGUACCGACGCCUGCUUUAUUCGUGUAAUUGGUUCGGAGCUGGUGCAAAAGUAUGUCGGUGAGGGGGCUCGAAUGGUGCGUGAGCUCUUCGAGCUAGCCCGAUCUAAGAAGGCUUGUAUUAUCUUCUUUGACGAAAUCGAUGCUAUUGGAGGUGCCCGUUUCGAUGACGGGGCUGGUGGAGACAACGAGGUGCAGAGAACCAUGCUGGAACUAAUCAACCAGCUGGAUGGCUUUGAUCCCCGGGGCAAUAUCAAGGUUCUUAUGGCCACUAACCGGCCAGAUACUCUCGAUCCUGCUCUUGUUCGUCCGGGCCGUCUUGAUCGAAAAAUAGAGUUUGGUCUCCCAGAUCUCCCGGGCAGGACGCACAUUUUUAAAAUUCAUGCAAGAUCGAUGUCUGUAGAGAAGGAUAUUCGCUACGAACUUUUGGCUCGCCUAUGUCCAAACAGCACUGGUGCUGAAAUACGGAGCGUGUGCACUGAGGCAGGGAUGUUCGCCAUUCGAGCACGCUGCAAGAUGGCUACAGAGAAGGAUUUCCUGGAUGCAGUGAAUAAGGUUAUCAAAUCUUACGCAAAAUUCAGUGCUACACCCCGAUACAUGACCUAUAACUAG